AUGGAUAAAUGCAUAGAAGUUAUACAGAGAUCUGGUGUACCACUAGACACGAUUCUUGACUUGUUGCAGCAAAUGAAGAUGCUUGCAGCCGCUGCUCCACAACAAGCGAAGCUCAUGUUACAACAGGAUCCCAAGUUGGCAAAUGCAAUGUUCCAAACGAUGCUUACAAUGGGUGUCGUCAAACCUGAAGCCCUCAUGCAGCAAGUCGUUGCCUUGCAGCAAACAGGGACUACGCAGCCGCCCGUGAUACCUUCUAUUCUACAACCUACGGCUCCACUCCCUGCUGGAAGCGUGCCUGCUGCUGCUGGAGACGAACAGACGGCAAUGAUCCUCCGCGUGCUCUCCCUAACACCUGAACAGAUAGCGGCAUUGCCCGCGGGAGAACAACAAGCGAUCCGACUCAUUCGACAGUCAUUAGGAGGAAGUGCAUAG